GACAACACGGACGUAGAACGGGGAGAGCAAGUAAAAAUAUAUAUUACAUUCUUUCUUGGUAGACGAAUUGUAGUUAGUUAAAACCAGAGAUUGAGAUUCUUUUGACAAUAAUAAUUCCACUAUUACAAGUCUACAAAAAUGUAUAAAUUACAGUCUUUGAAUUCGUUUCUUUCUGAGUGUUUAACGGCGGCGGCAGUGGAGAUUUUGGGGGCAAUUGAGAAAGUAGUAGCUGAGUACCAGGAGGAGAUAUCCCGAUCUAAAGAGGAGAUUGAUAGUCUACGGAGACAGCUAAGGAUUACACCGGAGAUAAAACUAUGUAGAACAGACUCCCAGCAGCUUUCUCUACCUGUCUCUGAAGAGGUUCCCUUUGAGCAACAACACUGUGAGCAGGAGGAACCAGGGUCAUCACAGAUUAAAGAGGAAAAGGAGGACCUCAGGACCAGCCAGGAGGAAGAGCAGUUUCAAGGACUGGAUGGUAAUACCAUAGAGUUUAUAUUUAGUGGUCCCUGUGUGAAAAGCGAAUGGGAUCAUGAGGCCUUAAGCCGCAGCUCAACUGUAAUUAGUGACCAAGUAAAUAGACCACCAUUGGAUCCCAAACCACCAUUGGGGGCACACUGUUCUGAACUCAGCACCAUGUCUAAAAAAUCUCACUACAGCGGCAAAGUAUUUUCUCUGAAAGCUGACCUUCAGAGGCAUGUGACUCUCGCCAGGGAGAGACCCAUUGAAUGCCCCUACAACGCCACUUGUAAACUGCAGGCCCAUGUCCCACUCUGUCACGGUGGGAAACCCUGCCCUGUUUGUGGCAAGACCUUUAAAAACAAAGACCAUCUAUCCCAGCACAUGAGGAUUCAUACACAGGACAGGCCAUUUAGCUGUGGUGACUGCGGAAAAGGUUUCUAUAGCAAGGGGCUGCUGAACGUGCAUAUACAGACUCAUAAAGGAGAGAAACCAUUCAUCUGUGGAUACUGCGGGAAAAGCUUCUAUCAGAAGGGGAAUCUAAACCAACAUUUACGGACUCACACAGGAGAGAAACCAUUUAGCUGUGGUAUCUGCGGAAAAAACUUCAGUCGAAAAACGCACCUGAACAGGCAUAUCCUGACUCACACAGGUGAGAAACAGCAUGGCUGUUCUGUGUGUGGGAGAAGAUUCGCUGAAAAUGCUGACCUGCUGAAGCAUGUGGAUAAAGUCCACAAAUAACAAAACCAGGAUCAAAACCGAAUGGAGAAAGACAACCAGGACACAGACAUCUAUCAGAAGAUGGGAAUAAAAAAGGCAGGAUAUGGACAACACCAAACUGGAUCCUUCAUGCUGUAGGUUUCAAAUGAAUAGACCUACCUCGUUGAAACAUUAACCAAUUAACAAUUAGGUUGUUUGUUUUGGAAUGUAUCAGUCAGGGUGAAGAGAACAUUUUCAGACUGUUUAAUACAUUAAAACAUUGAACUUUCAAGAAAAUGGUAUCCUUGAAUGUGAGUAUCUAUCUUGACCCAAUGGUCCUUUCUGUCCUAAUGCUGCUCAUCCAUGAUAUUGUAGCGAUAUAUUGUAGUUGGAAUACUUUUGCGGUGAAACUGCCACGUCCGUUGGUGAUAUUACAACAGAUGUUACUUCAAUGAAUAACACUGCUUAUUUUUUUUCUCUGACAUCGUUGCACACUUGAUAGAACAGCAGAGUAUUUUACCACAAUGUUAAAUAAAUAAACAAAACAAUAACAAAUGUGCCUGGAGCAACCGGUGGCGCUGUUUCGCCUUUCGCGGAUCUCAGCUUUAACCCAACACCUAGCAACCUCUUGGGACCUCUUGGUGUAACAGUUAAGGUGUUGGCUUGACAGUCGCUAGACCCCAGUUCGAGUAUCAUUGUGUAGCAAAGGCUCUGUCCCUUUAACUGUACACUCCUGUGUGUGCACCUUCUAUUUAUUAUGUAUUGUAAUGGUAACCGUUUACCAUUUGAAAAACCAAACCGAGCAAAGGGAACAAAACAGGGAGGGACCUAUCUAAAUGUGUCCAAUGAACUCUUGUUUUUGUUGCAAAAUGUUUUCAGUUUGUAGUAAAUGAAUCGGCUUAAUGAAUACACCCCUGUGUUUCUUUGUCUUUUGGUUCAGUGGCAAAGGAAUGUUGCCACUGAGGAUAUUGUUUGCAUAUGCAUUGAAAUGAUCUAAUUAUAAAAUUAUGGUGGAUA